AUGAUAAAUAUUGUCUUGUAGACUCCUCCAAGCUAAGGAAGCUAUCCAAUAUCAGUAUAAACUUUAAACAGCUAAGGCUAGAUUGUAGACUAAGCUUAAUUAACAGGAAUAACUAACUCAACAUAUGGUAGCGCUGCCUAAUUUACAGCUCAUGCUUUAAUUAAUGCAGUUAAGUUGAAAGCAGGCCAGUCAGGUCCUUUAGAAUCUACCUUCUUUUUAAAGCAUAAUUUACCUGCUACUAAUUAUAAAUCAGUAGGUAAAGUUGUUAUCAAUAUCUUCCCUAAGAUUCCAGCUCCUUCUAUCAAUUAUGGUAUUAUAAAAUGCUAUUUCUAUGGAAAUGUUCUAGCUUCCAAUUGCAAUUAUGAUGAUACUACUUAUGCAGAUAGAACUUAAAUAACAAUCUACACUCCAGAAGACUUUGACUAUUAAAACAGUGAAAUCCCAAUUACUGUAACUACUGAGGGAGCUAAACCAGGAUAUACUGAUGGUAUUCCUUUAGAUCCAUUAGUUCAAAGAUAUCUUUUCCAUUACUAUUUUUACAAUUCAGAUGCAGCAGGUGCAGAUCCUGUUGAAGUCUACUUCUAAGAAUGGAUCUCAGAUCCCUUUGAAAUUCCUGAUUCAGCAUUUAAAUUUACAGCUAUUGUGUAAGAAAGCAACGAAUAUACUCAUUUAAACUUUUAAGCUUAGUAGCAACUAACCUUUGUAUAGGGACAAAGAAAUUACUUAGUACGUGUAACAUUCUAAUCUUUGACAAGCGCUUGGGCUAUUGGUUAACCAUAUUAAAAUAAUUACGAAGUUAUCUAGGGAUUUCCAUGUUAUCUUUAAGGAACUGCAGUAACUGCAAAACCUAUUGCUUAAUGUGAUUUAUACUAAUAAUCUUUUACUGAUCCUUUUAUACAAGCAUACGGAUUUUAAACACUACAAGUUGCAUAAGGAUAAUGGUUUAAUUUUGAUAUUCCUGCUAUACAAAUAGCUAACGUACCAGCUGGUACUGUAGCUAAUUUGAGAUUUUCAAUCAUGGAAGAAACCCCAGGAAUGUACGAAAAUGUGGUUGAAUUAUACUAUAAAAAUGUUAACUUUGUAAUUUAACCUCAGUCAUUUAUCAAUUAUAGUUUCAACCCUAAUAUAGCAACAACUCUAGUCCCUCCUUUUGUAGAUUAAAUUACAAAUUUAAGAUUUUAAUGGUCAGCAGCUGUUUUAAAUCCUGAUUAUCUCAUCUAUGAAAUCGAUUAGACAGCCUUCUACGAUAUAGGAACUUAAUUAGUACCGGCUGCGAAUUGUGAUGGAAAUACUUGUAUAACUUUUAAAAAGAAUGUGUAGUACUUUGUAGUAUAUCCAAAUACUCCUUUAACUUAACAAAUAAUUACUGAUAUAAACCAAAUAAUUAGAAAUCCUAACUAUUCAGGCAGUUUUGUUUUUAAAGUUAGAGCUAUGAAAGCAGGAAGAGUUGUAAACAAGCAUACUUUUAAUGUAAAUAUUGCUUCAGCGGCAAUUACCACUAAAAUAUUUGAUGUAGUUCCAUAGGCAAAUGUUUAAAACGACGUUAACACUGUCAUUAGAUAAAAUGAAGAGCAUGAAUUUUAUAUUUAAUUUACUACCAUUACUGAAAUGCCAAGAGACUCAUUAAUAAAAUUUACUUUCCAUAAUAUUUAAACUUAAGUUUAGUAAUAUAAGAGACACUUUAACUACUGUAAAAUAGUUUCAGGCUUACAACCAUAUGAUCAAACUCCAAUUUAAUGCAAUGUACCAAAUACUCAAGUUUUCUAAGUAACCCAUUUUGAUUAUGUACCUGCUGGUACCUAGAUCGAGGUUCAUUUUAGAUUACUAAAUUAAGGCGGUCCUGUUCUUAAUCCUUCUGUAGAUAUUGAGACUUUCUAUGGACCUUCAAAUACAAAUCUAAUUGAUUCAACUUAUGCCAUACCCGAUAACACACCUAAUAUCUCUACAAAUAAUUAAGACUCUUAAGUUGAGUUUAAAGUAUUAGAUCAACCAGUGAGAUAAGAAAAAAGAGAAAAGAGCUAUGUUGGACCAGUAAUCAUCAAUUUUGCAACAAAUAAUCUCUAAAAUCUAAAGUAUAUUAAGGUAACAUUUGAUAAUAAUUUUUCUACUCCUAGAAGUUAUGGUGUAGAUUCUUUAAUAUGCCUGAUAAAUGAAGUUAGGUUUUUAUGCAGCUAUACCAUAAAUCCAAUGAUAGUAAUUAUUGACAUGACUUCUAACACCUUAUCUUUGCUAGCCUAAAACAAUAGAUUAUCUAUCUCAACAGAAUAUGUAUCUCCCUUAGAUGGUAUUUUACAUCCAAGUGUUGAAGGAUUUUAUCCAAUACAUAUUGAAAUGUCAGAUUAAAAUGGUGUUUUAAAUCAAGCAACUAAAUGGAUGUUUAUAAAGGCACCUAAAUUCUAGUUCAUUUAUAUUCAAAGCGUUAUUAGAAAUCAAAAUAGAGCUAAUAUGUUUUAUGUUAAUUUCAAAACUACUCAACCAGUGCCUGCUUACAACCAAGGUGGUAGAAUAUAGAUUGAAUUCCCUACUGUUGAUCCUAUGGGUAAUCCCAUGUUUGAUCUUUCCUUGGGCGGUUACUAAAAUACAGGAGAUAAUGUUGGUUGCAGAUUUGUUUAACUAGGAACAGGAGAUAUAGGAUUAAUAAAUACUUGGAGAUGUCGUUUAAUCAAAGCUUAGUCACUUGGAAAUCCAGCUAUUGUUGAGAUUAUUAAUUUCAGUGGUUUAUCUGCAUUCACUGAAGUUCAAAUGUGGAUUGCAAAAGUUUUCAACCCUCCUAAUUUUAAUUACCCUACUUAAACUGCCUUACAAGUAAUGGAUGCUAAUAUUGCUAUCAAUAUUUACCAAUAAAAUACCCUAACAGGCGAAUUGAAAUAUAUUCACUACGAUUAUUAUAAUGUUUUUAUGGAUAUUAGAGAUGACCCAACCCUUCACAAUUGUGUCCAUCCAUUUAGCUCCUAAGUAAAUAAUUAGGUAUGGGAAACAGGAUCUAUGGUAAAUAAAUAACAAAAAUCAAUGGUAAAUUAAGUUUUUUAUGAUAUUACUCCGUUUGCUCCUGGGGACUAUUACAUAGUAGAGUUACCAAACAAUCCUCUAUUACAGCCUGAUUGGAAGAUGUCUACAUGUUCAACCUUCUAUGACUGGUGUUUAACUUUCCCUUAAAUUAACUGGGUUGUUAUGCAUGUAAAUACAAAUUUAGCCGCAAACACUAUGUAUGCAAGCAAUGAUGUUUUUAUUUAAUUGUUACCAUAAAGCAUACCCUAAGUUACAACUACUUACAAUUCAUAUGUGUGGUAAAAUAGAUUCUUUGUAGGAAUAGUCACUAAUUAGAUAACUCCUUAACAAUGGCUUUAAUUAAUUGGCUAAAUAACAAAUGCUUAAUUGGUUUAACUGGAUUCACCAAUGAAAUUAGUUAAAAGUAGAACUAGAGUAGAGGUUAACUUUAAUUUUACAGUAUAAAAUUUUAUCCCAUAUACAGGAGCCAUAUAGAUAAGAUUUCCUGCUAGAAUUCCUUCUAUUUAAUCUCAUUGUAGAAGCUCUAUAACUGUAGGAUCAGGUCUUCAAUAAGCGUCAGGAAAUUAUGGUAAUGUAGGUUGUCUUGUUUAGGAUACUAAUACAUGGGUAAUCUAUGGAUUUUAAAAUGUAAAUCCCCUAACAAAUAUUAAAAUCUCAGGAAUAAUUGAUUUACCUACAGAUGGAAAUGCAGGAUAUAUUGGUAAUUUAGAUGUUAUCACAUAUGGAACUCAUGAGUAUUAGAAUAUUUUUAAUCUUGGAUAAAUCAUUGAUAAAUCUCUAAGCAUUCCAAACAGUGGAUUUUCAAUCAAUAACUUCUAAACAAAAAAAAUAGAAGAUGUUGACCUUCUUCAUAUAGAGACUUAAGCAUUGAGGGUAUCAGCUACAAGUCCUUUAAAUUUCAAGUUUUAAGUUGGAUAAAACAUAUUUGCAAAUCAAGGUAGAAUAAGAUUGAUGUUCUACUAAUUCUCACAAUUAUCUUUCAAUGACAACAGAGGUAAUCCAUUCUAGUAUUAGCCAACAAGCCAAUAUGUUUGCAACAUCUAAGUCGUAUUGACUGGAGAGAAUUAUGGCUGUAAAAUGGAAUCUAUAUAACUUAUUAAUAAAGGACCUAACUAAAUUUACUAUCAGUUUUAAAUGAUUCCAAAUAGUGAUUUAGCCUCUACAGUUGAUUAUCUAUUCUUGUUGACAACUAUUAAUGGUAAUGGACAAGAUGAAGGUUUAGUUUUCCCUAAUUCAGGUUUACCAUAUAAAAUUGAUGUUUCAAUGGCUCCUAAUCAACCUUAAAGUGAUAGUGAUUACACUUUACACGAACAUUUAUAUUACUAAGUAUAUGGUAGUCCCUUUACUUACUUGAAAUUUACUAGUUAUAUAACUUUACAGUCUGAAAUGAAUCUUUUUAUUGUCACAUUUUAAGCUAAUUAAGCGAUAAGACAUGAUGAUACAUUAAUAAUAGAAAUACCGACUACUUCCAUAGAUCUUUAAUAUAAUUUAUUCUCUGAUGAUGGUGGUUUGAAUUUAAAUAAUAUGGAUGUAGUCCCUGUUGAUAUUAUAAACAUGUCAGCUAGCUAUCCAAACCCCACAAUUAAUUGUCGUAUAUCUAGAGGUCUUUAAUUGAAAGGUAUUCCUCUUAAAUUUUUAUGCAGUGAAUUUAAGUCAAAUGGGGUAUUAACUAAUCUUAACCCUAGCGAUUAAAUGUCUUUGGCAUUUAAUAUAAUGAAUCCAACUGUUCCAGCUAAUCAUUACUCUAUUCCAGCUACUGUUUACAUAAGAAGGAAUUACUAGAACUCAAACGAAAUCUUAUACUGGGAUCUUGUUGAGAAUGCCUUUUACAUUCACUUUUGGAAUCCAUAAGUUAUUACUGGAGUAAAUGGUGAUUUUAACUUAGGCCCUGUUACUACAACAGUUUGUGAUACAAACACUGAUUUUAAGUUUAGAGUGCAAAAUAGCUAAAAUUUAAUAUAUAACAAUGAUGAUGCUUAUAUUUUGAGAUUUAGUUUUGAGACAAUUGACCCAUAAUAUCUCCAUAUUAAAAACUGUGCUUAUGUAUUAACUGGCUCACCUGCAAAUAGUUGUGCUAUACUUCCAAACCUUAGAAGCAUGAUUGUAUGGCCUAAUCCUACUAAUUUUAUGUAAGCUCCUAUGUAAGUAACUACUCUAGGCUAAGUUUGGUAUACAACUCCUUACAGAGACUAAGAUCCUCAACAUAGAGUUAUUGUUGGUUACGCAUGUUAUGUUAGAAACUUAUGGAGUGAAAAGAUUAUUUAUUAAGAUAAUUAUCCUGAUAUUCAACCAUAGAGAAUAUCAACAGUUAAUUUAGAUAUUAAAUUUAAAGGAGAAGCUCAAUAUCAUCACUCAAAUUAAUAGCAAGACUUUUAAUUCUUUGUAACAGCUCCAUAUUGGUAUAAUGUUGAUAUAGUAGCUAUUACCUUCCCAGCAAAUGUUGGAUGGUAAUUGGUACAAUAAUAAAAAAAUAUGUGUAAUGAAGGACCACUCUCACAAAUAUAGAUUAAUAAAUGUUAUUUUGAUAGCUCAUCAGGAAAUAUAAUAGUUUGGAUUUAUGUUGCAUUUAAGAAUACUUAUGUAAGCUCUGGUAUAGCUAAUACUUAAACAUUAGUUGUUGAGUCUCAUAUGGAAGCAUUUUACGUGCCUUCAACAGCCUCGCUUAAUCCUGCAUACAAUACAUUUAGUGUAGAAUUUUACUCUUGGUCUAGAAGUCCUGGGGCAUAAACAGCUCCAUGGUUUAGAAAUCCUCCUGUAGUUUUAAAUCCUAGUACUGAAUAAUAUGCUUGUUUUAGUGGCACAGGAACAAAUCCGGGUUCCUUUCCUGAUAAUCCGAUCAAUUGGGAUAAUAAUUGGUAAAAUGAGCAAAAUAUAAAAUUUGAUUAUGAAUAUCACAGAUAUAAUGAUGAAUUCGUUCCAUGCUUCACCACUCAGAGAGCUCCUAUAAGAAUGGAUGUUAUUGUGCCUGUAGCAUUUGCCUCUCUUUAUGGUACCACAAACUACCAUAUUUUUGAUUUCUUUUAUGGAACAGAUGUCGUGAUUCCAACACCUGUUGAAUAUCAAGAUUAUGUCUAAGAUAAGCUUAUUUGCUAUGUGAAUAAUGAUAGAGUUAAAUGCACUAAUGAUAGUGUUAAAAAUAAAAUUAGGUUAUACUUCCAAACAUAAAUUGCUGUUAAUGGAAUAUUGUUUGUUUACAUAACUGCAUAUAAUACAAAUGAUAUUACAUAAGAUGGUUUUAGCUAUAACAAUAAUCACAAUACAGGCUAAUAUCAAUGGUUAUAUGAAAUCACUUCAUUUGGAUCUGGAUAAACUUAUUAUGGGUACACAACUCCAUUCCCUAUAUUCUUUAAUUCAAAUGGUGGUAUUGUUUGUCCUUUUAGAGGUAUAGAGGCUGGUGGUCCAGCUGAUUAAUCAACAAUCAUACCAAAUCUUCCUGUUGCUAUUUGGUGGUGGCUUAGAUUUGCUAGACCUGAUAUUAUUGGUCUUACAUUCAACUUUGUUUUUGUAGAUGAAGAUAGCAGGUAACUUCCUAUGGCGGGUAUAACCUUUUGGAAUUUAGAUAGUGGAUCUUCUUAUCCAUGUUCUAGAGGUAUUGCAGGAGGUCAAAGAAAUCCUGUUAGAUGUAUUAUUGAAAACGGAGAUCCUACAGGAUGGAGUACACCUAUUCGUAUUCAUGUUUUUGAUUUUAACUAUUAAAUGGGUAAUAAUGAAGUAUUCGGUUUUCUUUUUGGUGGUUUGAAUAAUUUACUUGAAUUUACAGUUGAAGCUUGGGGAGGAAGUGCAACAUUUAAUUAGCCUUAUGGAAAUUAGUUUAUGGGUAGUCUAGUGUUCAAUCAAUGGUGGGGUCCAACUUCAUAUUUUUGCUAAGGUAGCUGUGAUCCUGCAACUUGUGCAAAUUCUUAAAAUAAUUGCAAUUACGUAUCAAAUGCAAAUAUGUUCCCUUCUCGCCCUGCAUACAUGGCUGGAAACUAGCUAACAUUCUAGAACUUUUGCAUAACUGGAACUUAAACUACUGUUCUAAUAGAAGUUGUUAUAUAAAAAAAACCUGUUUGGGAUACAAGUUAUGAAGAGCUAUGCACAGUAGAUUUCCAAUUUAAUGUUAAAGAUAUGUUUAUUUUUGAAUAAUAUACUUGGCAAGGAAAUCCUACACAAAAUAAUUAUGUGAAAAAAUAUUAUCUUUACUAUGAUUUCUCAAAUGGAAAAACACAAUAAUAUACUAUGGGAUACUUUAAAUGUAAGCAUUACAGAGAACCUAUUAUUGCUCACACUACAUGCGGUGAUGUAAAUUAUGCACCUGCUAAAUGGUAUGCCAGAUACGAAACCACCACUCAUUAUAUUUGUGAAAAUGCUUCAAAUAAUGCUAGUUGUAAUCCAAGUGGUGGUCAAAGGAAUGAGUUAGUUGCUGCGUAAAAUACUGUAAGUAUAACUUAAUAUAAUAAUGGAUGGGAUUACAAAAUAUGGCAUUAUAAUACAUAAAAUUGGUUAGUCUUAGCUGUAAAAUUAUCUGAUAUUAUGAAUUAUAGUCUUGUUGGAGGAACAACUUAUUCUGCUGUAUUAACUAUCACUUUAGACGGUGCUUAUACUCAAAAUACUGGCUCUAGACCCUAUUCAUGUUAUAUUAUAGAGGGCUUAAGAAUGUCAGAUCCUAGAUUUCUUGGUGCAGAACCUUACUGUAGUGUUGUAUCAGAUCCAAACGCUCCUGGUGUAGAAAACUAUAUGUUUAUGAUCACAAACUGGGAUACAAUAGUACAACAAGAAUAUGUCAGAAUUUUAUUUAAUAUGUAAGUAUAAUAAGUUAUCUAUGCAAAUCCUAUUGUAUAAUACAUACCUGGUGCAUACGGAUCUUGGAUAAAUUCAUAUGCAAAUAUGGAGGCUUAUAAUACAGGAUAAAAUGGACACAUGAAUUCUAGAGAUAAUCCUACUUUAUAUACUUAAUGGAUGUGCGAUUCAUAAAUGCAAAGAAUGAAUGUCAAUUAUUUUAGCUGGAUAGGUGCAAAUACUGUUUUAAAUUUUGAUGUUUUUGUUCCACCAAUGAAUUGUGGUAAUUUCCAUUACGAUGAUGGUUAUAAUUGUGUUUACACUUAAUGCAUUUAGUUAACUAUGUUUGGUAUGUAAGACUUGUUUGUAGGAACACCUACUUCAGUCUAAUGGGCAAGGAAUGGAAAUGUAGACCCUCUUUGCUAAGGAUUUGGAUUGUCAUAAUCUAAAGGUUAUUUGAUAUGGACUUUUUGCUUUUCUCUUUCUUAUCAUGCCUGCAUGCCAACAAAUCCUGCAGGAGAAACUUGGAACUUUUAGAUAACAUUUGUAAAUACAUAAAUCAGAUUAGAUCGAAAUUUUUGGUGGGUACACAUGAGAGCUUAUGAAACUGAUUCAAAUGUUCAUGGAUGGCCUUGGUCUGAUAGUUGUGCAUGGCAUUGGGGUUGUGAAAUGUUCUGUGUUGAUGAUGAAUAUGUAGAGAACUUUUAAGUUGGAACUAAUUUAAGUGUUUAAUAAUUGUCAAGCACAUUAAAUUCAAUAUCAGAAGUUGAUUUUACAAUUACUGGUUUAUUUGAAGCAGUCGGAUUAGAUGUUGGAGUAAAUAGAAUAUUAAUUAUGCAAUUUAAAGGCCCAGAUUGGAUAGAUAAUCCUAUUUAUAAUACUCAAUAUACUCUUUAACAAAUUGAUUGUCUUUGUUAAAUUAACGGAGGACCCUUCUAGUAAAGUACCUGUGUAAGAAGAAUUAGAUAAACUGUUGCAGGUAGAGUUUAUGAUCCUGUAGUACUCUUUUACUUCUCUGCUGCUACUGGAUCUACAGUCCGUUGUUCUAUUCCAGAAAUAAUUAUUGGCUCAACUAAUGCUUAAGCAAGAUAUUUAUCAUUUAAAAUAAUUAGACCUUCUAUUUAUGAAUGGUAUGGUAAAAAUGGUGAGUAAUUUAAUUCUAGAAUAAAGACGGAUUAUACUUUUGUUAUUACAGGAAAUGCGUUUACUAAUGAUUUAAAUAUAUUUUAUGAUCCUUCUGUCUUCUACAUAGGUAGUUAAACUACUUAAUUAUUCGUUGGCUACUAUGAUUUAUAAGUUUAAAAUAUUAAUAAUUUAAAUUAACCUUAUCUUUACUUUAGACAUGCUGAUAUUGGGCCAUUAAUGACAGCUGAAUUAUGUUCAGAUGCAGGAUUAUGGAAUAGUGGAUAUAAUAAGUUUUAUAAUUUACACUCUAAGGUUUUAAUUUGUUAGAGAAUAAGUAGUGCUACUACAAAUGCAGUUAUAGGUGCAGGUAAAAAUCUUUAUUUUGAAUAAUGGAAAUCUUAGACUACUUCUGAUUAUUUUUACUAUGUUUAUGCUUACUAAAACGGAUAAUUAAUGUAAUAAUAAACUUCAGCUCCCAUACCUAAUGUAAAUUUUUAGCCUAUCAAUUCUAAUGGUUUCUAGGUGUUGCAUUUCUUCUACUAUGAUUAGUACCCCUAAGAUAAAGGUAUUUUCGCAAUUUAAGUAGGUUUAAGAGGCUUCCUUUGGCGAGAAACAAGAGAUGGUGGUAGAUUAGAAGUUUGGUUGCCAAGAUCUCAGGUUACAGGCAUUACUCAAAGUUGUACAGCGAGAGUUGAAAAAUAAUUUCAAUAUGUUUUAUGGUGCUAUGUUGAUAAUAGAGAUGCAAAUAAUUGGAUUUUAGUAGUCAAUAAUUUGUUUACACCAUUUUAAACUCCAAAUUUUAUAGAUAUUUACUUUUUUAUGACGAAUCCUUCUGGAGCAGCCAAUAGAGUCAUAAACUAUACAGUUAAAUUUUACUAUAAUUAUUAAUCUGAUUCAGAUUAUAAGAUCUAGCUUUAAGAUACUUAUACUUAAACAGAUUUUAACUUUGAUGAAUAUGAUGCAGGAAAAAUAAGAAUUCCUCCUUCAAUGUCUUACUUCUAUGGAUUUAGAGUCAAAUAAUUUAUGCAAAAUUUUUAUGAGCUAAGAUAUUAUGUUAAAUAUCUUACUCAAAAAGUAUGGUAUCAUACCUCUUAAAUUUAUAAUUUUGAUGGUUGCGCAAUGCCUGGAUAUGAUUGCAAUGGAAACCUUGAUGUAAGAGUUAGAGAACACGAUACAGUUAUCUUAGGUAGAUACAGGGAAAUAGAGGAUAGAAACAGAGGAGAUUUAGGAAAUGGAUUCCAAAUAAAUUAAUCUAAUUACAGACCUUGGAACUAAAAUGCAUUUUUAGAAAUUAUAAUUUCUUAAAGAAAUUUUAAUUCUCAUAUCGGUUUAUGGAAACAAAAUAGUGCUUAUUAAUAUGAUAUGAUUAGAGUUGUUGAUACUGCAUAAGCUGCAAUAACCGCUAAAAAUAAUGACCAACAAUAAUGGACAAGAUAUAUAGACAAAUCUACUAAUGUUUAAACAGAUGCACUUUAUUUAAAAUAUUUUUAUUUCACAAAUUAAAUACAUUAACAGCCAACAUCUUUCUAAAUUGCAAUACUCUUUAAGUAUGGAUGUAAUGUUGAUUACCCAAGAGCAUACUUUGAGCUUAAAUUCCCUAUAAUGGCUGUUGCAAAUAUUCCUGGAGCUGUUUAAGGAGGAUUUAUUCCAUGUUAAAUUUCGCUUAUAUUAGAGUAAAAUCCUAAUAGAAUAAAUUCAGCUAGAUGUAAAGUCUUUGAUAUAGACACAUCUUCGUAUAAGGGUUUAAUGGUAAGAAUAGAAGAAAUUAAUUAGUUUGCAGCAGGAUCUCUUUUGACAUUUGCAUUUGAUGAUUGGGUGUUGCCAACUUCGACUAAUUUAUAUACUGCUAUGGAUAUAGAGUUUAACUUUUUCAUGGGUUGGACUGGAUCUUAAACUUUAGAAUAUAAUAGAUAUUAUUUACUUCUCAAAGAAAUGAUUCUAAUUGAUGGUGUAAAUAGCUAAAUUUGGAAUAAUGCAAAUAUUGGUCCUUAACAACUAAAUCCUCCUAAUAGCUACCAAUAUGGUUAGUAAAAUGUUGAAUAUGAUAAUAAUGUAAUAAAUAAUUGGCCUUAAACUACAACUGGGUAUAACCCAAUUUGGAAUACUGCUGCUUCUCCUAAUACUGCAGGCUAAAAGAUGAGACUUAUCUACUACCAUGGCUUUGUUGGUGGAAACAACUAUCCUGACACUCUAACAUAUUUUGAUUCCAACGGAUAACUUACUCUUUUGUGGUUUAAUAGACAUACUAAUUCAGCUUACAUAUCUGCCCCUAAAUUUUAAGCAGCAACUACUUCUGUUACAAUAUCUAUAAAGAAUGCUGUAAAUCCAUACCCAUACUAAUAGAAUAGUUGGAAUUCAGAUGGUAAAAUAAAUUACUAGUUAUUUAUGGGUUAAUAUUGGAAUUUUGAUGGUGAUGGAUUCAGAUAAACGAAUAUUGGUGAACUAGACCUAUCUUCAAAUGCUCAGUGGUCUUAGUAUAUAAGAACAGCCUCUCAGAUAUAUAUGGACAUCAAUAAUUCAAACCUGAUUGAUGUUGUGCCUACUUACAGUUAUGCAAGUGGAUAAUCUAUUACUAUGAGAUUUAAAAUCAAGAAUUAAAUGUCAAAUGCUGAUAUGUUGAAUUAGCAGAUAUCAUAUCUGUAAUUCUCAUUUACGGGAGGUGUUAAAUUAAUAAGAAAAUGCUAUAUCCAAAGUCAAGGAUAGAAUAGCAAUGUUUAUAUUUAUAGAUAUGCAGAAUGUGUCAUAGGGUAUAAUGGUAAUAAUUAUAUUCUUACUUGGUAUAAUAUUGCUUAAUGGGAUACAACACAACCUUAUUUGAUGUUUGUAGAAAUGAUUACUAAUAACCCCACUAUUGUUUACACUGUUUCUACUGUAGUUUCUAAUGGAAAUGUUGCUUUUUAUAAUUCAUAUACAGUUCCUUUUGCAUAAUUUAGUAGCAGUCAUUUUAAUUUUGCAUAUUAUAGAUUCACUGAAGCAAAAUACAUCCCAAAUUAUUUUGAGCUUUAAAAUAGAUAACUAUAUUCAAAUUAAGCUACUUUAACAACUUGGAGAUUAAGAUUUAGAUUUGUCUUAGAUGUCACUUUAAGCUAUGUACAAACUACUACUUAUAUAGAUCCUAUAACUAACGCUGAUUAUCUUCAGAUAAUGUUCCCUCCUUAAUAAGUAACUGCUUACAUAUAAACAGAUCCUACUUAAUGGCUUAUGUGUUAUUUCGUUCCAGAAAUAUCAAUUUACGAUAAGAUAGGUCUUCCAUUCUAUUCAAAAUGUUAAUUAAAUACAAGUGGAUCACCUUACUAUUAUAUUUUAACUGCUCCUCGUGAUGUUUUGUAAAAAGGAGUAUCAUAUUUAGUACACAUAAGAGAAAGAAGAAUUUAAGGAGCAUCUUUUAAUCUUCCAGCUACUCCAACAAGAUCAGAGUUUGUUUGGUAGUGUUAUAGUCCUAUCUCUACAACUAAUCCUUCAUAUGAUACUUUUAUAACAAAAAUAACAAAUAGAUUUUUAAAGGCUAAGAUUAACCACUUAACUACUACUUCUUUAGAUUAUGAUGUAGCUGAAAUUACAUUUACACCUUCCUUCCCAUUAAGUCAAAGUACUGAAACAUAUCUUCAAGUUGAAAUAGAUAGUAUUUACUUUUAAGUAGCAGGACAGAACUUCGAAGACUUUGAUAUAAGAAAUUCUUACAACCAUGAUGGCUUAGGAGAAUUCAUUAACGGUUAAUCUUUCUCUUAUCUAAUGUAUCCUGUUUUUCCUACAGGAUAUGCUAUUGUAAAUUUCGGUCAGCAUAGCAAUUUCUUUGCAAAUAUAAGAAUUAUGCUUGUUUAAGGUUAAGACUUAGUUGCAGGAACAUAAUAUAUAUUUAAAAUACCUAUGGUCAGAAAUCCUCUGCUUUAGCACACCUCACUAUCAUAUAAAAUAUCUACAAUAUAAAUUAACUCUAUUGAUUAGCGUGUGUUUACUUUGGAAUAAUACUGGUUUAUUAAUCAUGCAUAUGUUGAUCCCGUUCAUACUGAUAUGACUAGCGCCAACUUCCAAAUGAAUUCGAUAAAUAACUAUGUAUAGUAAAACACUAUGGAUUUAAGUGUUAAAUUCAAUUAUAAUAUUGCUUCACCUUAAAGAAUAUUAUUAAAGUGGGAUAAUAACAAUCCUAAUUCAAUUAAUAGGCUUCAAUUAUUGACUAUCACUAUUUCUGGCUGUAUUGUUGAAGUAUUCCCUACCAUAUAUCUUAUAAUGAUAACUCCUACAAGCUAUUCUUCAAAUGCAUGGUCAGUUAUGAGUUUAGGAACCAAUUUUAUUUCAAAUUAUUAUGUUACUGCUUAUGGUUUCUGGUAUGUAUAUAUAUGCAAUAAUUCUUUGACACAAUAUUUCUAUAAUCCCACAAAUUAGUGGUUGAAAUAGCUUACAGAUUUAAACCCAAAGAAUUUCUAAUAUCUGGUAGGUUACUAAACAAUUAAUAGUGUGUGCCAAUAUAGACUGACAAUUAACACUCCUUAAACUAUCCCAAGAGGAGGUUACAUUUAAAUAAACCUUUCAAAUUAGUUAAGCUCAUAUGAAAAUCUUUGCUACACAUUAACAAUUUUCCCACUUAUUGAUCCUACAUUACCUCAAAAUGCUUUGUAUGGUUCAUUAAAUUGCUAAAAAGCAUCUAGCAAUUCAUAUAUUAUUUCAGGUUUUGAUUAAUAUAACUAAGCCACAUAGAUUAAUGUUAUCCUAUAUCUUAAGAAUGUAAAUAGCGGAGCUACUGUUAAUAUUUAAAGUGUAGCUAUUUAUGGUACAUAAAAUCCUGUAAAUAUUAUAGCAACUUCUCAACCAGUUCCUUAAACUGUUGUGUAUGCAAAUAAUCCUGGUAUGAUUUAAUAUGACAUAAUUGAUUACGUUACUUAUCCUCUAUAUGCUAAAACCUGGCAAAGAUUCGAUUUCUUAUUUAUUCUUCGCUCCCAUGAUCUACUCAUAAAUCAAAAUUUCCAACUCAAAUUAACUCUUCCAACUGGCUGGUAAGUAGCUUCAGGAAGUAGAAUUGACAUCAAAGGAAGAUACAAAGUUAAUGAUCCUUAAUAAUUCUAGUAUAACACAUAUCCCGUUCCUCCUACUAUUAAUAAGGAUUGGACAGCUUCAAAAUACUCAUCAGAACCAAAUAAAAUGGUAUUUAAUAUUAAUGUGGAUACCCCUCUUCUAUCUCAUUACUCAAUUCCAAAGUAAAUUGAGUAUAUUUUCUCUGUCUAAACAUAAAGAGCUGAUAUAGCUUUCAAUGAAGGUCUUUAUAAUUAAGACUUUGGGCUUUAUAAUUUCUUCUUAGAAGCUUGGGAUAAUACAACUCCUCCAGGUACACUUUUAGAAAGAACAUACAAUGAGGUUUAUGUUCAUCCUUCAGAAGAUACUGCAGAUACUUUUAGAGCAUCAGUUUUAAAUACUGCUGCUGGAGAAAAAACAAUUAUCAGAUUUACGUUUACAAUGAAUUAUAACUAAGCUUAACCAGGAGAUUAAAUAUGGAUUGAAUUUUAAACAUUUGACAGACUCUAUGCUGUUUUCAAAGAUGAUUUAGGUCUUGGUUUUUCUGAUCCUAUAUCCUCAACAAUAGGAUGUUCAGAAAAUACUGGUUUUAAUUAAAUAUCUAGUAAUAGAUUAGUUUGCAAUAUUUUCAAAGGUAACCAUGCAUAAGACUAUCCAAGAGGUAAACCAGCUGUGAUUAAAAUUCCUGUAAGUAAGAAUAUAAUAAAAGGUGAAAAAAUCGAUUUCUUUAUUGCUUAUAUUGAAAACCCUCAUAUUGUAAAUUAAGUUGCUGGUAUAAAGCUAAGUAUAAGAAGAAGCUGUAGAGAUGAUUAUCCUGCUUUCCACUGUAUUAUGUAUCAUGCAGAACAUCAGUAUAGAACAACAAAUCCUAUCCCUUUAUCCAGUUAUCUAAAUGCUGGUACAUUCACAGCAGUACCUAACACAGUUACCUUAUCAGCAUCUCAUUUCUUUACUAUAACUCCAACUCAAAAUAUUAAUCCUCUAUAAUAUAUUUUGAUAUAAUAUCCUUCAAAUCAUAUUAAUAAAAACACUUGUACCACAACUGAAGGAAUGUGCAUAGAAUUUCCUCAAUAUAACUGGGUAUUGUUCUAAACAAAUGCAAUCAUAAAUGCUAACGUAUAAAGCUCAAUUGAAUUAGAUAAUAUGAUAAAUGGUAUAUUCAGAAGAAAUCCUAUUCCUACAAAUUAUUUCUUACUAUAGGUUUUUAGUGGUACUGGUAUAAUUUCUCAACCAUUCAAGAUUACUCAUAAUUACUAUGACUAUUACAUGAUAAAUACUGUUGGUCAAGUACUGAACACUUAAACUUAUGAUCCUAUUAGAGCUACAACUUCUUUAUUUUUAAAGGAAGGAUAUUUAAAUAUAGCAUAAUUAGAUGUAUUAAAUAUGGAUAUAGAAUCUCAAAUAGCUUAUUACAGAUUAGAAAAACCUUCAUAAAUAAGCUAAUAUACUUUGAAUUAUUGUAAUGCAACUCUGACUAUAGUUCCACCUACUCAAAGAAAACCCUAUCCAUUAAGAUUCGAUUGUGAGGUACACCCUCAAUAUAUUCUUCUGAUACGUACUCAGUAUUUCCCUGAUUGGACAACACCUUUUGCUACUUAUAACCUUCGUAUCUACUUUGAAUUUGUAAUAGAUAAUUAGGUGCCUCCACAAGGAAUACCUCCUGGUCCAGCAGAUCCAUUUUUAUUCUAUGGUUGUGUUUAUAGGUGUGAAGAUCUUACAAGUCCAUUAAAUAACUUAGAUUACUAUCAUGUCACAAAAUCAAUAAUUCCAUGGAGUAUUUCCUACUACUAACAACCUGAUUUAAAGACAGCUGGUUUUUAUACUUAAUCUUUCAAUGAUAGAUAAGCUUCAAUAAAUGAUGAUAAUGUGAGCAUUUAUAUGCUGAUUAAACCAAAUUCCAAUAGUUGUCCCAUCACAACACUAGUUUUUACUAUUUCAGAUGAUUUCAUUUAUCCUUAGGCUCUUUAAUUAGAUAGUUGUACUGUUUAAGGCAAGAAUACAUUACAAGUAACAAGUUGUUCAUUAGCUAGAAGAAAUGGAUAAACAACAGUUACUUUAACCCUAGCGUAGGCUCUAGGAACCCUUGCAUAAAUAAUAACUCUAGCUGAUUCAAAUGGCAAUAAUUUGUUUACAGCUCCACCAUACCCUGGAACUUAUGUAUACCCAGUAAAAUUAGAUAUGUAUUGUGGUGCAUAAUUAGCAGAAACAUAAUAAACAAAUAUUACUAAUGUUAGAGGAGCAGAGAUAAAUAUAGCUUAUCUCAAAAUUAUAAACUCCCUUGAUUCAUUAGUUAACCAGCUUUAUGAUAUCGAAUUCUAAACGGGUUAAUAUGCCACUCCAAUAGGUUAUAAUAGAUAAUCCUCUUCAUCUAUAAUAUCAAAUAAUUAAGAAGUAUAUAGUUAAAUAAACAUAGUAUUUGAAUGGAAUGGUGAUGGUUACACAAUCCAUCCUGGAUAUGCAUAAGAUCUUGGAAUGAACUAAUAAAGCGGAACCGAAGUUGGGUGCGCAGUUAAAUAAGGACUUACUAUUAAUAAUGGUAAUAGAUUAAUCUGUAAAAUAUAUAACGGUAGUGGAGCAAUCAACAUGCCUUACAUUUAAGUGACAGGUUAUGAACAGAUACCUCCAAAUACAAAAAUUGGAAUAUUAAUAACUAACAUAUAAUCAAUAUCUUCUGGAUUGUACACAACUGUUUAAGUAGGAGUAUAAGUUGUAAAUCCAUAACUUAGCUCAACGGCUUACUUCUAUAAUUUAAAAGCAUAUGUCCCAGAUUUAACUACACCUCUUAACACUGUCACAACUAAUUCAGCUACUUUAGUAGUAACUGGAAAUAACUAAGUUAACUCAUUUUCGAACUAUUAGUUCACUUUGUAGACAAACUCAUAAAUUAUAAAAACUACCGAUUAUAUUGGUUUUGCAUUCCCUCCUAAUUUUAUAAACACAAUAAGUUAUGAUCCUUCACAAAUAAGUUGCACUAAUUGUGGUUAAAUUUAUGUAUUCCCAGGAUCUAGUAUGAUCUAUAUUCAACCAAAUGCACCAAUUAGUCCAUCAACAACUGUAACAUAUAAUCUGAAUGGAAUUCCCAAUCCUAAUUACGCUAUUUAAGGUAGCGUUAAUGUUUAGGGAUUUACUUUUAUUAAUAGAAAAAUAGAUGGAUAUUACAAUUCUUAGUUUAAUGCUAAUUUCGUCCCAAGUAACCAAUUUACUUCUGCUAUUGUAGAAGCUAGUUCAUAAAUUGGAGGUGAUACAGGUGUUACUUAUACUUUUACUUUUGUCCUUGGGCAUACAGUUCCCCCUAAUGGAUCUAUUUCUAUUGAUUUCCCAUAGGCUUUAUACAAUAAUCCUUAAUAAAUGGCAAUACCAUUAGAUUGCUCUUUAUAAGGAGACGUUUUUACUUAAUAAAACUAAUCUUAUUGUAAAUUUGUUUCUCCCAAUCGACUUGCUGUCAUUCUUGUUAACACAAGUCUUUCACCUAUUAACUCAUAUAAAGUAAUACUUAAAGGAAUAACAAAUCCAAAUAUUAGCUACCAAAAUUCAUAAAGCUCCAAUAAGUUCAUUUUCUCUUCAUAAUUCAGUUAAAACCCUGUAUUAAAUCAAAUAAUUGCUUAAAACUCUGCUCCUCCUCCACUUUACUACAUAACAUCUAUUAAGAAGUGUAGUCUAAAUGUAAAUCCUUCGAUAAUUAAUACUAAGCUAGAAUCCUUCUAUUCAUUUAGCUUCCUUUGCUCUUCUUAUAUUAAAUACAAAACAACUGUCUAAAUAAUUUUACCAAAUGAAUAUAGAGUAGGAAAUAGUAUUAUAGAUUAUACUUGCUCAUCAUUUGAACCUACUACUCUAUAUACUUCUCAAUGUACUUUAAAUGAUGUGUAAGGGUAAUGGGUAUUAUCAGCAACUCUGAGAAAUAUCACUUAAUCAUAACCUUUCACUAUUAAUAUUAAAUUAAACAAUCCAUAAAUACCAAAUAGUGCUUAUCCAUUCUCUGCUUAAUUCUAUUCUUAUAAUAGCAUGUAUACAUAAACAGAUAACUCAGGAAACUGUUAUGCAAGUAUAGUGUAGAAUAGCUAAUUAAUUGAUGGAAAUAGUUAGGAUUCAAGCAAUUAGAUAAGGUUAUAAAAUGUUCCUAUAAAUGCAGCCCUACCAGCUUUCUAUAUAUUCUAAACUCCUAAUGUGAACAGCAUUUAGAAUAUUGUAUCAACUCAAAUAAUUUUCCCUAACUAAUUUUAAGCCAGUUUAGGAGUUAAUUUAAAAUGUUUUAUUUACUAGUCUAAUGAUGCUAAUUAUUAAUUUGGUAUUGAAAAUAUUCUUCAACUUAAGGUGAAAAACAGUUAAACUUCUUAAGCAUUAUUAAGUGUCCCUUGCUCAGUUAUAUUUGAUUUCACAAUAGAAAUUACUGGGGUCACUAGUUUAUUUAGUUCCUCUCAAUUUGCUUGGAAUUACAUUUUAAUUUAAAAUGUAUUUAAUCCUGGUUAAUUCUACCUUGAUAACUAUCAGAUAACUCACAAAUAAGGAAGUCUAGCUCUCUGGGUAUUUUAUGGUCCUUUAUAUUACAAGAUAACUGAUGUACCUAAGCAGCUAGAUAUAAAGAAUAUUUACCCAACCAAGAAUUCCACCUCUGUAUACUCGCCUUAUGUUUUCUAGACAGAGGUUAUAUAUUGGUUGAAAACAAAUAUUAGAAUGGGUAUUAUUGUAGAUUUACCUGAUUAGUUUGAUAUGUCAUAAUAAUAAACAAAUAUCACAUGCUUUAGCUCUAUUUCAUAGUCUCUAAAUGUUUAAUGCAAUUUAUAUAAUAACACAAUCUUAGCAUAGAAAAAUUUGACAACUAUUGAUGACAUUUUGUAGAUGCUUUAUGUUGAUUCACUAAUAAAUCCAAGUAGCGUAAAUCCAUGCUCAGAUCCCAAGAUUUAAAAUCCUAAUUUCUAAAUCUCCUUAGCUGAUCUUUCUUCUAACGAAAUUCUAGCAACUUAAUUCUCUAAUAAAUAAUUCUGCAUUAAAUAUAUUGAUGAUCUUCUCUAUAUUAAAAUUAAUGGGCCAAAUGAUGUCACUAUUGGAUCAUCAUACAAUUAUCAAAUAUAAAUAUAAAAACCUGCUAAUAUUCUUAAAUUAAUUCCUACAUACGAUAACAUUUAAUUUGAACUCGUUCCUGAUGUUUUCUUGUUCUAAAAUUAUUCUUUACCUGCUGUUUUAAACUUUAAGCUUAAUGUUAAAUCAUCUGCUGUAGUAGGACCUUAUGUUAUAAGCUUAAAAAAAUACGAAAUUAGAAAUGGUUAUUAUUCUCAAGCAGGAGAUGAAUAUUAACUACCUCCAAUUAUAAAAUUGAAUGUUAAUAAUAAUACUUCUCUUUAGAAUCCAAACUUUGUAAACAUUCAGUAUUUCACUUAAUAUUCAUUAGGUGGAGUUAUUACAGCUUAUGUAACUAUUCCAAAUCCCCCUGCUUAAAAUAUGUAUCUUGUAAUUGAUGCCACUAACUCUACAAACGUGAUUGUUAAUCCAACUAAACUCUUGAUAACUCCUUAAACCACAUCCUUGAAUUAUACAAUAUAGUUUAAUUCUUCUAAGAUUCUAGCUCCUGUACCAAUUUACUAUUCGCUUGUUUCAGACCAACCAAUAUAUCAUAAACUGAAUACUAAUGUGGCCUAUCUUAUUUCUACUUUAAGUGACUCCUAAUAAGGUUUUAAGGUUGCUAAAUUAGAGCUUACAAACAACUUACCAGAUAGUUCUUAUUACAAAAAUGAUGUUGGUUAACAAAUAAAUUCAACCUAAUACAAUAAUCCUAAAAUUGCUCCACAAAUUUUUAACAUAACGACUGCAAAUUUAACAGAAAAUUCAGCCACAUUAAAUAUAAUCACAAGUGAGACUUGCACGUUACAAUACAUGCUACUUUAUAAAAACUCAAUAAUGCCUACUGCCCCACAGAUCCUUUCUUAAGUAUAUCCUAAUGGAAAAAUGUAAGGUACUGGCUCAGGAUAAUCAGAUAAAUACUUCCCAGAAGCAAUUGAUUAUACAGCUUAAAUUACUUUAAGUAACUUAAAUUUCUAGACAUCAUAUGAUAUCUCUUUUGUAUGCUUUAAUGGCUUAGGAUAAUCAGAUGUUGUUAGAUAUUAAUUCACUACUUCUACACUACAAAGUGGAGCCAUACUACAUUUAACAUUAACUCAAAACACAGACCCUACUCUUUUACUGUAAUAACUUUCUGAAGCUUUAAGAGUUAAUUUAAAUGACUUAGCAAUUAUUACCUCCGGCUAGAUUUUACAAAACUAAGGAAACAGAACUUAAAAUACAUUAUUCUCUUAUGAAAUUGCAAUAGCUCCUCAGGCAAAUGGUUUUGACAUUUAUUCUUAUUUGUAAGAUAUGGUAUCUUCAAACUAAGCCAACUUCUUAAGCUUAAUGAAAUCGUAUGUAACAGGAUUUUAAACAUACAGAGUAGAACCCUUUGCUAGAAAAUUUAUGAAUAGUAUGUCAUAAGUAUAAGAUAUGAUCCCAGUCAUCUAAAAUGUAUAGUUCUAUUCUCUUAACGUUUCAGUCAAAGCAUGGGAUAACUCAGUUGUCUAUGGUAUGGUUCUUUUAGAUAAUAACUAAACAGUAGUUUCUCAGCAAAUUAUCUUAGGAUUAGAUCAGACUAACAAUCCAAUUCCAUAAUAUUGGUCAAAUAGCGCAAUUUCAAAUAGUUCAAAUUCUAACAUAGCAAAUCUCUACUUUGAUAACCUUAUGGAUGGAACACAAUAUAGACUCUUCUUAACUGCUACAAAUUAUAUGCCAUUCUCAUCAAAUUUAUACUACCGCUUACCAGAUAAUCAAUAUAUCUCACUUAAUUUUACAACUCCAUUCAAUUACAAUUUAAAUAGAUGUUAGAUGCUUGAUGAAGUAAGGUCAUUUGACCCUAAGCUCUCAUCAAUUUUAGAGUCUAGAUUUGAGACUGAUGACGAUUAUGGAUAUUGCAUAAGCCAAUUUAUAAAAAAUAAAACCUAAUAAACUAAUUGA